AUGGUCAACCCGGACUGCACCAUCUGGUCCGACGGCUCCGCCAAGUCCGGCACCAGGGACGGAGGCGGCGGUGCGCUGAUCCAGCUGCACCGGGAGAACCGCGAAGUGGAGACAUUGGUGCCGGCGGGCUCGGUCUGCAGCAGUAUGCGGGCCGAACUCGCAGCGAUGUUGGCGGCGUUCACCUGUCUGCUGGCACAACCGGGGGAGACCAGGAGCCGCAUCAAGACAUGUCUGCUGUGCACCGACUCCCUCUCCGGCCUUCAGCUACUCCAACGCGGACCGGAGGCCCAGCAGCUGGUCCUCGCCGAGCGCGUCUGGGCCGCGAUGGACUCACUGGGGGAACAGAACACGGCCAUCAUCCUCCAGUGGGUCCCAGGCCAUGCCGACAUCGCCGGCAACGAGGCGGCAGACAGGCUGGCUAACCGUGCGGCGGCCGAGUGUGCCCAAUCGGAGACGCCCAUCGAUCUGGCCAGCGCCCGAACCGCCAUACGGCAGCGCGCCAGGGAAAUGCAGGCCACGCGUGCACACCGGCACCCGCACCCCCAGCCCACGCCUGGACUCCAAGACCUCCCGCGCUGGGGGCAAGUGACCGUGUCGCAGUUGCGGACCGGCUACUGCCCCCUGGCACGAGCGACGCUCCACCGCCUGGAGCUCACCCCGGACCCUCUCUGCCGGGAGUGCGGUGCCGAGGACACCGUUCGCCACCUUCUCACCGAGUGCCCAGCAUUCGCCACCACGAGACGCCGGCUCUGGGGGGGACCCCUGCCAUCCCUUGACGAGGUCCUCUCCGGGCCGGCCGGCAAGAUAGUCGACUACAUUCGGCGGGUGGGGCGGUCCGAGCCGCCGCUCGAUCAGCCCCCGUCCGACGCGCCUGCGGGCGCGUCCACGUGA